CUCUCUCUCUCUCUCUCUCUCUCACAUGCUCCCUGGCUCCUCUCUCUCUCUCUCCCUCCCUCUCAGUGGCGGAAUGUAUUGGUGAGCUGACUGCAUGCUCUCCUCUGUUUUGCGCUGCAUUUAACGCUUGGCGAGAAGGCAGCGGCGUGCACGGGACCCGGACGCCGCUCGGCUGGGAGAGAAAGGAUUUACCGCGCUGACGGAUCCGACUCGCCGCUCCGCCGAUCUUCCGCUGCCGCUCUCCUGGGCUCUCCUACCUUGUUCUGCCUUGUUCUCCAGUGCCACCACCUCCGGUGCCGGAUCGGGCUUCUCCUGCCGGCAACGCGGGGAGUGGGGCUGCCCCCCCACUGUACGGAUGGCGUAGUUAUCUGCAGGAGGCUCAGCCAGCGACAUCGCGACCACUCGUUCGUGGGAAGUGCCGGCUCUCGGGGACAUGCAGAGCUGACUCAGCGAGCACUAACGAGACCCACGGAUUGAGACGGUGAGAGAAACAUCUCUGAGAAACAGGAGAGGUCCAACUGCCAGCCCUUCCGGAAAAAAAGAAGGCUUUGACCGUCCCCUGCUAAAGAAAUAAUUAAGAAAGCUGGAAAGGAGGGUAUGGAAGUGGGAGCAGGGAUCUCGGCCAGGAGUGCCUGGUCUGGAGGCGGCGUCUGAUUGAGGGAGCAGAGGUGACAGGCCAGGGUGCCACUACUGCAAGAGAGGCACAGCUGGGAGGCUCCGUAGAGGCACAUCUGCUCUCCGCAUUCCUCUCGGCUCCCUUGCUCCACCCCUCCGCCGUUCGCUGUCUCCGCACCCCUCUGCCUUUCGGCCACGUUGCCCUUGGAGCUCGCUCGUGCCUCCUUCUGGAACGCCGCUGCAAGGAUUGUCCCGCAUCGGAAUCCAACCGGCCUCGGUUCUGCCUACCUCCGGAAUUCUACUGGCUGCUUGCGUGCGUGUGCGUGUGCGAGCUUGUGUGUGCGUGUGCAUGCGCGCGUGUGUGUGGCGUGUGUGCACCUGCGCUCCAAGGCGUGUUUGUCUCGCCGUGUCUGCGAGUACCCACGUGAGCGAGCGUGUGCUGCGUCUGCUGCGUCUGCCGUGGGUUUCUCCUUUUCUCGCUUUCUUUUUUUCUUUCGUUCGUUUGCUUGUUUUGCCCCUGCCCUGAUGCCCGGUGGCCCGGGUGUCCCGCGCCCGCCAAGCGCCAGACCCAGGGGUUAAGUGUCUCUGCGCCCCGCGCGGGAUGAGCGACACAUCGGGAGCGGCGGCCACCUCGGAGGUGGUGAUCCUGGAGGAGCGGGAGGGGAGCGGGGCUGCAGCCGGGGGCCGGGCACAAGCUGAGGUCCCCGGACGUCCGGCCGGCUGGCGCUGGGCUGCGUGGCCCCGCCAGCAGACGUGGCUCUGUGCUGUCCCUCUCCUCAUUGGCUUCGUGGGCCUGGGUCUCAGUCUCAUGCUACUCAAGUGGAUCGUGGUGGGCUCGGUGAGAGACUACGUACCCACGGACCUCGUGGACGCAAAGGGCAUCGGCCAGGACCCCAUCUUCUUGUCUAAGCCCAGUGCUUUCCCGAAGGGAGCAGAUGCCGCUGCCACCACCACCACCCUGUCCCCGAGCGGGCCGGGUGGCUCAGCUGGACCCGGCUUCACCACAGCGGUGCGGGGGAGACCCAGAACAGGGGCCCCUCCGAACACGUCGCCCAGAGGGGCGGGGGCCUCUGGCAGUCAGGUGACUCAAAAGAGCCCCACCCAGCGCUCUCGUGGCCCAGCCUCCGCGAGCACGACCGCAGCCUUUGACUCUGCCAGCCAUGCCUCCACCUCGAGCCCCUCCCCCUCCAACCCCACCGUGCUCAAUGACUCCACCCAAACAUGGACCCACGAGCAGUCGUCCACAGAGAGGCCCAGAACCACUCCUGCUCGCACCCACGCCAACCACAAAACACCUGCCCCAACGCUCCCGCCUUUGAAAUCGGAGCACUUCAAACCGUGUCAGGAGAAGGACCUGGCAUACUGCCUGAAUGACGGCGAGUGCUUCGUCAUCGAGACCCUCAGCGGCCCCCACAAGCACUGCAGGUGUAAAGAAGGCUUUCAGGGUAUUCGCUGUGACCAGUUCCUGCCCAAAACAGACUCCAUUUUGUCUGAUCCAACAGAUCACUUGGGAAUCGAGUUCAUGGAGAGUAAGGAAGUGUACAAGCGACAAGUGCUGUCAAUCACGUGUAUAGCCAUGGGAAUCAGCUUCCUGGGAACGCUGUGUGUGGCUCUUUACUGCCGGAGCAAGAGGCACAGGGAAAAGCUCCAGGCCCACCUGAAGGAGAGCCGCAGCCCGAAGGCGGCACCGGGGCUGUCGUGCAGAUCGACCCCGAGGCCUCGUUCUGGCUGGCAGCUGCAGAGCGGGAAGAACUUCUGCAAAAACACAAGAUCCUCCAAGCCACAAGGAGGCACUGUCCAUGACUCCAGCUUUGCCCAAAGCCCUUCGGCAUCAUCUAUCCAUCUGAAGGGCGUUUCAACAGGAAGACACCACAGGACGGGCUCACUGUCUCACAGCGCAGAGCAAAGAAGCCGCUCGGCUCUCCGCCUGCCGGCCCACAGGACCCCGCCCAUACCCAGAGGAAGACUCAAUCCCAUUGGAGGCUCGAGAGAUUCUGGACCCGCCUAUCAGCACCUGCAGGAAAUGGAGGGCUCUGAGAGGGAUGCAGAACCAAUAGGAUUGGAUUUGCUAAAGCCGGAGGGGGCUUUGCACCAUGACUCCUUCCGCGGCAUGCGAGGCUCGUACUCCUCCGUGUGGCGGGGAGGCCACUCGGAGCAGUGUUUCUCCGGUUCUCCGAGAGAGGGAUCCCCUGCUCCAUACCGGCCUGGCUCCAUCCCCAUCAUCCCUUCCGUCCACUCGAAUCCCAACGAGGCUUCCUGUAUGCAAACGGCCGCCGUGGGCAUAGACCCCCCGAGCGCCCCGCCCCAUGGGCGCAAGGAGGACAGCCCCACGGUCUGGCACCGCACCACUGCUCCAACCCCCGACAGGGCAGCCGGAAAGCAGAAGGAGGAAACUUGGGAAGAACACAGAGUGCUAGGUCAUGCUCACAGGAAGCAGGACAGUUCCGGCUUCCCUGUUCCGCUGGGGGCCAGAGAGACAGUUUGCGUUCUCCUUGACAGCGGGGCGGGGCUGGGAGGUGUGGCUCCCAGCGGACCCACAGAGACUCAGUUAGUGAAUCCCAGAGACACACACAAAAACUGUGCACAGUCUAGCCAAUGAGGUCUUAUGGGGACCAAUCACAAAUGUGCCCUGUGUCUUGGAUGGAAGGUUGUAGAGAGUUCUGCCAAAAUGACUGAAUGGAAUUCUAUGGAAUACUUGACAGGACCCACUGAUGGCAUGAUACAUUGAAAAUGGAUGUGGAAAAUGAGCGUCUAAGAAUUCAAAAACAAAAGAAAUUAUUUAUAUGCAUUUAUUAAAUGAGAAACUUCUAAUUAGAAAAAGAAGCCAAAUAGUCUCUCAUCUUUGUGUUUUUAAUUGUAUAAACUAUACAUAGAUAUCUAUAUAUAAAUGGCUAUAAAUAUAUCACAAUUAAAAAGGUGACCAAGUACACAGAAAGAUGGAUACCUGGAGUGGUACAGACUUUCUUUUGUUUUGUACUGACUCCUCCACAUGUUGCAGGCUAGGAUAUUUUUUAUUUGCGUUUCCCAGCGUGGCUGCUCUGGAGGUUGAACUAAGCCUUCCUUGUGCAUUCCUGAAGGGCUUCACCCUCAGCUGGGUUUGGCCCCGCCCCCUGCCCACCACGCUUGACCCACCCAGCCAAGGAGUAUGUUUCCCUGCUGCCUUGGAAACGACACGUUCACACGUGGACACGGGGGUACAGGGAAACUAAACAAACAAACAUCGUUUCAAAUGGGACGUGUGGAAUCUGAUGGUCGAACACUGCCUCAAGACUUUUGGAGAGACAGACAGAUCUGGUUUAUGCUGUCCAGGUACUUUUUCUUUCUGUUUUUGUACUCCAGUGUGUGCUCUCCUCACUGGUCAGAUCGUUUUUGCAAUGUGGGUAGAAGAAUUGUGUUACAGGAACAGUCUGGGCUCUCCAGUGUGCUCAGGCAGAUGCACCUCACUCGUCUGGAGCUCAGACUUCUGGCACAGAGAGGAAGUUCAGCCACAGAAGACAGGAAGCUGGCUCCAGGGGAGUUGGAG